AUGGAGAAAUCUCAGAAGCCCAACGCAGAUUCCAGCUUAGAAGCCCUCGGGUAUACCGCCGAACUGUCACGGAAUCGAUCAACAUGGCAGGUGAUAUUCAUGUGCUUCAUCUUGGCCUCCGUGCCCUACGGAUUAUCGACGACAAUGAACUAUGCCAUUCAAGGCGGUGGCUCAGUCUGCAUGAUCUGGGGCUGGAUCCUAGUCUCGCUGAUCAUGCUGUGCGUCUGUAGUUCCCUAGCAGAGAUAACCGCCGUCUACCCCACCGCCGGUGGCGUCUACUACCAAACCUUCGCCCUCUCCCCGCGCUGGUGCCGUCGCGUCACAUCCUGGAUCUGUGGCUGGUCCUAUCUCGCGGGUAAUGUGACUAUUACGCUGGCCGUAAACUUCGCGACCGCCCUCUUCCUCGUGGAGAGUCUCAAUGUCUUCAAAAAUGCAGACGGUGCAGGUAUUGCUGAAAAUUUCCAGGCGUAUCAGACGUUCUUGAUCUUCAUUGCCAUUACACUUCUUACUCAUGCUGUGCCCGCCUACGGGAACAAGUGGCUCACGCAUAUCGAGACUUUUGCCAUCUUCUGGACUCUGAUUGGUGUCACUGCUCUUCUGGUCACCAUUCUCGUGGUCGCUCGCAAUGGUCGCCGCUCAGGCGAAUGGGUCUUUACCUCCUUUGAGCCUCAAUCCGGCUGGCCAGACGGCUGGUCUUUCUGCAUUGGUCUCCUCCACGCUGCCUACGGUCUCUCCGCAAGUGGCAUGGUGACAUCAAUGUGCGAAGAAGUCCGCAAGCCCUCAGUCCAAGUGCCCCGCGCCAUCAUCGGCGGUGUUCUUCUCAACGCACUAGCCGGUCUGGUCUUCCUUCUCCCCGUUGCAUUCGUCCUCCCGGACAUCUCCAUGCUGGCCCAAAUCGUCUCCGCCCAACCAGUCCCAACCAUCAUCCUCUCCGCCACCGGUAACUCCGCCGGCGCAUUCUGCCUCCUCAUCCCUCUCCUCGUUCUCGGUCUCACCUGUGGUAUUUCCUGCGUGACAGCCACAUCUCGCUGCACCUGGGCCUUUGCGCGUGAUGGCGCCAUUCCCGGCUCUGGAUGGUGGAAGAAGGUCGACGAGCGAUGGGGUAUUCCCCUGAACGCCAUGGCUCUCGGCAUGGUUGUCGAAAUUGUCCUGGGAUGCAUCUACUUCGGAUCAAGCACUGCUUUCAACGCCUUUUCCGGCGUUGGCGUCAUCUUCCUCACUCUCAGCUAUGCCUGUCCUGUCGCUGUGUCGAUGUUCCUUCGUCGUCGCAAGGAAGUCAAGCAGGGUUCUUUCAACCUCGGUCCCCUGGGCUGGUUCUGCAAUGUCGUGUGUAUUUGCUGGUCCCUCCUCGCCCUCCCGCUUUUCUGCUUCCCCACAAAUGCGGGCGUGACUUUGGAAACUAUGAACUACGCCGUCGUUGUUUUCGUGGGCUUCCUUCUAAUUUCGGCAGUCUGGUACGGCGUAUGGGGUCGUAAGAAUUAUGUCGGCCCUGCGCUUGAGAGUUUCGACAAUGGCUCUCUUAGCAAUGAGAGCUCGGAUGAGAGAAGUGAGCAUAAAUGUUAA